CUUUGUGGGCUUGAAGCUGACAGUCUGUUUGCCGCGUUGGCUAUUACUCUCUCCCUGCGGGGUGCACACGCAUACUUGGCAACGUUGGCAUAGCCUGUUGGCUGAAAACCUGCACGGCUGCGAUAAACCUUGUGCCACUUUGACUAUUUAUGGGCACAACGUGCAUGCUUGCAGACUGCGGUUCUUCUGGAGACUAUUCGCAAACAGUUUUCGCCCAGCAACUCCGAAUGUGUGUCUGUCUCUGUCAGUGUUGUUGAGACAUUCAUUAGAUCGUUUUGGCAGCUCAGUCGGCGCCUUGCUCGUGCGUGCGUAAACCGCCCGCAAGAUGAGCGCAACGUGGAGCACUCCCAAAAAGGGGGGCGGCCCGAAUGGCGUCAAGGCUCACUUCUCGCUGAGUAGCGCUGGCUUGCCGUCGGUGUCUGAGGAAACAACCCGACUCGUCGGUGGCGCAGCCUCUGACGACCCGAACGCCGCCGCCCCCGCGAGCGCCAAGCCGGCGGCCGGCCGGCGUGAGGGCACGCCCGAGGAGAACGCCAGCUUCCUGUCCCGCGUGUUCUUCUCCUAUUGCAACGCGCUCGUCAAGCUGGGCUUCAAGCGGCCGCUGGAGCAUGACGACCUGUGGAACGUGUCGGAGGAGGACGAGGCGGCGGCGGUGUCGGGGCGCUUUCAGGCGGCGCUGGCGGCAACGGCGGACCCGGUGAAGCACCCGCAGGGCGUGGUGUGGCGCGCCAUGUGGCGUGUGUUUGGCAACUCGUUCAUCUACACCGCCGCCAUCAAGGUCAUCCACGACAUCAUCAUGUUCGCCUCGCCCUGGCUGCUGGAGCGCCUGCUGCACCACAUGGGAGCGGGAGGGAGCCGAGGCGGCUCGUUCGGCAUUGCGGUGGCCAUCCUGGGAGUGGCCCUGGCGGAGAACUUCACCGUCAACUGGUACUUCCACGUGCUGUUUCGCAUGAGCCUGCACCUCAAGAUCAGCCUGAUCGACAUGCUGUACGACAAGUCGCUGCGCAUCACCUCGGCCGUCAAGUCCGACAUGGGCGCCGGCACCAUCGCCAACCUGCAGUCCAACGACGCCGCCAAGCUGUGGAGCCUGGUGCUGUACCUGCACGUGGUGUGGAACGGCCCCUUCCAGAUCCUGUGCGUCAUGUUCCUGCUGGUGCGCAUCAUGCACUGGGCGCCCUCCAUGGCGGGCCUGGCCGUCACCAUCGUCAUCAUCCCGCUCACCACGCUGCUGGGCAAGGCGCUGGCCAAGAGCCGCCGCGAGCAGAUCAAGUUCACGGACGCGCGCGUGAAGCUGUGCAGCGAGGUGAUCACGGGCAUAAAGGCCAUCAAGCUGUACGCGUGGGAGGGCCCCUACGUGGACCGCAUCAUGGACCUGCGUGACAACGAGCUGCGCCAGAUCCGCAAGACGCAGGCGCUGUCCAUGUUCAACACGGCCAUGUUCAUGUCGGGUCCAGUGCUGGUGGGGUUGGCGGCGUUCGGCACCUUUGCCGGCAUGGGCUACAACCUGACGGCCGCGGUGGCGUUCCCCGCGCUGGCGCUGUUCAACCUGCUGCGCUUCCCCAUCAUCAUGCUGCCCAGCCAGAUUAUGAGCCUCAUCCAGGCGCGUGUGGGUCUUCAGCGCAUCCAGAAGUUCAUGGAGGCGGACGAGAUGAGCCACUCCGCACCGGGCUACACAUCCGUGCCGAACCCGCCCGCGCACGGCUCCACCUCCUCCUUCGCCAACGGCAGCGCCGGCGCCGGCAGCAGCCUGGGCGGCCCCGGCGGCAGCAUGAGCUACAGCGCGGCGCCGCUGUCCAUCCGCGACGGCACCUUCGCCUGGGACGGCUCCGGCGAGCCGGUGCUGCGCGACGUGACGCUGGAGGUGCCGCGCGGGCAGCUGGUCAUGGUGGUGGGGCAGGUGGGCAGCGGCAAGAGCAGCCUGCUGGCGGCGCUGCUGGGCGAGAUGAACCGCCGCGGCGGCAGCGUGCGCGUCAUGGGCAGCGUGGCAUACACCGCGCAGGACCCCUGGAUCCAGAACACCACGCUGCGCAAGAACGUGCUGAUGGGCACCGACUUCGACCAGGACGCCUACCUGGCCACACUGCAGAGCUGCGCGCUGGUGUCGGACCUGGAGCAGCUGCCGGCGGGCGACCAGAGCGAGAUCGGCGAGAAGGGCAUCAACCUCAGCGGCGGCCAGAAGCACCGAGUGGCGCUGGCGCGGGCAACCUACGCCGCUGCCGACAUCUACCUGCUGGACGACCCGCUGAGUGCGGUGGACGCGCACGUGGGCCGGCACCUGUUCGAGGAGUGCAUCUGCGGCCUGCUGGAGGACCGCACGCGGCUGCUGGUGACGCACCAGCUGCAGUACCUGCCCGCCGCCGACCUGGUGGUGGUCAUGGACGCCGGCCGCAUUCAGCACGUGGGCACAUACGACGAGCUGGUGGCGCGCGGCGUGGACUUUCACCAGUUCGUGGCGGCCGAGGACAGUGAGCAGCCCGAGGAGGAGGCGGACGAGGACGGCGGCAAGGAGAAGAAGACCGCAGCAGCAGCAGCAGCAGAAGCGGUACCCUCGCCCGCCAAGCCAGAGCCGGCGGCGCUGCCCGCACCCGCCGCGCCAUCCGCGGCCGCCGACACCCCUAGUCCUCCUCCCCUUCCCACGCCGCCGCCCAUUUACGUCCGCAGCGACACCAUCGCCUCGCUGGUGACGGCCGUGGCGGCCAAGGCUGCCGAGCCCGGCACGCCAAACAGCGGCGGCGCCAACACGCCCACCAAGCCCGCGCGCUUCGGCGGCGGCAGCCUGCGGCGGCUGGGCAGCAGCAUGCGGCGCUCGGCCGCCAACGGCAGCAGCGGGCGGCUGGUGGAUGUGGAGCGGGAGGCGGCGGAGGACUACGCGGCGGCGCGGACCAAGCUGGUGGACACCAUGGCCAAGAAGGAGAAGGACGGCAAGAUCGUCAAGGUUGAGGAGCGCGCCAAGGGCCGUGUGGAGCGCUCCGUUUACAGCGCCUACCUUUCGGCCUGGUCGCCCUACUACAUCCUGCCCAUUGCGGUGGUGUUCUUCAGCCUCAGCGAGCGCGGACUGCAGGUGCUGCAAAACUUCACGCUGAGCAACUGGUCCAAUGCCACUGCGCGUUCCGUGGCGGAAAACAAGCCCGCUCACAACGGCACCUACCUGUCGCUCUACUUCACGCUGGGGCUGGUGUCCAUCGGCCUGCAGCUGUGCCGCUCCGCGCUGCUCAUCUACGGCUCCAUCCGCGCCAGCCGCCUGCUGGCUCGCAAGCUGCUGGACAAGGUGGUGAGGCUGCCCAUGAGCUUCUUCGACAGCCAGCCCACCGGCCGCCUGCUGAACCGCUUCACCAAGGACACGGAGGCGCUGGACAUCAACGUGAGCGGCGCCGUCAACAGCGCGCUCACCACCGCCGUCACCGCCGCGCUGUCGGUGGUGGUGGUUGUGGUGGUGACGCCGCUGGCGGUGGUCAUCUUCCUGCCGCUCACCUUCAUCUACUACCGCGUGCAGCAGCUCUACAUCGCCAGCAGCCGCGAGCUCAAGCGCCUGGACUCGUUGGCCUUCUCACCCAUCUUCCAGCACUUCGGCGAGACGCUGGGCGGUCUGAUGACCAUCCGCGCCUUCCGCAAGCAGGAUCAGUUCCUAGACAAAAACAGGACCAACCUCAACUACAGCAACCAGGCGUACUGGCCCAUGCAGGUCGUGAACCGCUGGCUGAGCGUGCGGCUUGAGAUGAUGGGUGCGGUGGUGGUGUUCAGCGCCGCCGUGACGGUGGCGGUCAUCUUCCCCAAGAACGCCGGCCUGGCGGGGCUGGCCAUCACCUCCGCCCUCAACCUCACUGGCAUCAUGAACUGGAUGGUGCGCCAGACCACGGAGCUGGAGGUCAGCAUGAACAGCGUGGAGCGCAUGAUCGAGUACAACAGGUACGACGAGGAGGCGCCUGCCGUGGUGGAGGGCAACCGGGCGCCGCGCGGCUGGCCCAAGGAGGGAGCCAUCAGCGUCAAGGACCUGGUGGUGCGCUACCGGCCCGAGCUGGACCCCGUGCUGCGAGGCCUGAGCUUCGAGGUGUCGGGUCGCGACAAGGUGGGUGUGUGCGGCCGCACCGGCUGCGGCAAGUCCACCCUCAUGAUGACUCUGUACCGGCUGGUGGAGCCGUGCGGCGGCUCCAUCACCAUCGACGGCGUGGACAUCUGCGCCAUCGGCCUGUACGACCUCCGGAGCAAGCUCAGCCUGGUGCCGCAGGACCCUGUGAUCUUCAGCGGCUCGGUGCGCUCCAACCUGGACCCCUUCGGCGAGGCCCGCGGCGACAGCGACAUGUGGGAGGCGCUGCGGCGGGCGGGCAUGGACGAGACCGUGCGUAGCUACGACAAGGGCCUGGACUCGGAGAUCAAGGAAGGCGGCGCCAACAUGAGUGUGGGCCAGCGCCAGCUGCUGUGCAUGGCGCGGGCGCUGCUGCGCGCCAGCCGCAUCCUGGUGCUGGACGAGGCCACCUCCAAUGUGGACAACGGCACGGACUCGCUCAUCCAGCGCACCAUCCGCAACGCCUUCAAGGACUGCACGGUGCUGACCAUCGCGCACCGGCUGCACACCAUCGUGGACAGCGAUAAGAUCCUUGUGCUGGACAAUGGGCAGCUGGCCGAGUACGGCUCGCCCGCCUCCCUGCUGCGCAACCCGGCCUCGCACUUCCGCUCCCUGGUGGAGGAGACCAUGCGCGGCGGCGGCGUCACAGGCGACGUGGUGGCCAGCGUGUUCAACGCCGCCACGGCCGAGGGCGCGGGAGGCGGCGGCGGCGGUGGUGUGGCGGCGCUGCCGCCGGUGGUGGUGGCCGGAAACUGAGCAGCGGGGUGAGGAGUUGGGAGAGUGGGAACGGGAGGGGAGGGGUGGAGCUGGGGGCGGGGGGGGGGGUUGUAAGUACCAGCCCAAACUAAACCAAAACCAACUAAAACGAGCGGAGCGGGGGGGGGGUUGCUGCGGCUCGCUCGGGCUCUGUGCGGGGCGGGCUCUGUGCGGGGUAGUGGAUGGUGAGGGCGGUGGGGUCUGCGGCUGCUGGCGGCUGCACCAGCAGAUGUUUGGCUGCGGGAUUGGGUAUUGCCAAGCUAUGGUGGGAUGGUGCACACGUAAGGCGAGAGUUUCGGAGGGUGCUGUGCGGGCUGAAACUAUAAUUUUGUUUACCAUGCCGUAAUACCGUACUCGGAUAUUCGGAUGUGGGUUUGAGGAGCUAUGUGCCCAGGCCAUGAGGGGCAGGGUGAAACGUUCGGAGCGAUGGAGCUGGACAGCGGAGGGAAUACGAGUAUUUAGGGGCGGGAUUACCUGUGCUCGUCUGUAGUUGGUAUCGAUGCAGUGCGUCAUGCCUUAGGUGUUUAUCGAAGUCACACGCGGUCUGGACAAGCAAUGACCAGGCUGGACGGGCGUGGUGUGGCGUGGCCGGAGGUGCGACCUGGGGUGCAACGGUGCUUAGUGAUUGUUGGCCGGACUUUCACGACUAAUUGUUGCUUGUCGAAGCUGUGGAUUCGCCUACUUGGUGGCGUGAGAUAUGCGACGUCAGAGAUGUCGGCCAGGCAGCAGUAUCGGGCACUACCGGUGUCUGGUCGAAGGUGCGUGCGGGCAACGCUGCGUUGCACCGUGACCCCGCUGUGUUGCCGGGGCAGUCAGGAACUCAGGAUUCUUUGGUGUGAGCACACCCAAGUCGGUGCUAGGGAUGUGCAUGUUUGCCUGUCCAUGGAGAGGCAGGAGAGCGGUUAAGCAUCGGAGAUGCUCUAGCACGGGCCAAGGAGAGCAAGGAAAGGCUGACGGCCUUCGACCUUGCGGUUUGCACGGAAAGUGGUGGACGCGGCUAAAUGGGAGGGCCGGAUGGACGCGGGGCGGCUGAGUCUUGCAUGCAGGGAUUAAACUGCCUGUCAUCCAAAAACGGUGCAUUCACGGGCAGCCCGAAAUACUGAAAUUUGUGGCGCUUUGGGAUGUGUGUGGUGGUGGGCAGGUGGAGUGUAUGAGUCUGAGCAUCUCUGCUCUGUAGAGUGACGUCGAACCGCACGUACGCCCGUGCCAACCGUACCCCACAGCACAGCACCCUCCCGGACUUGUGGCUGACUAAAGGGCUCGUGAGCACGGCCAGAGCUGCUCGCACUUUUAUGUCAAUGAUACCAGAUUACACGUAUGCGAUCUCAAGUUUAUUGUGUUCGGGAGGUGAAGCGCUCAAGAUUAAUGCGGCUUACCAACGCUCGAUCGGCCGCGGCGCCUAACACAACAAGCUACAUAAAUACACGACAACUUUGCGCCACUGAUAAUAGUUGCUGACAUCAGAUGCUAGCUCACUGGUUGACGAGCGCAGGCACAGUGCAGGCUGGUGCAGGGCGAAAUGGUUUCCCCCCUUCACCUGUCGUUUUGUGAGACUUGUACUUGUAGACGUCAAGGCUGAGCACUUUGAUCUGAUAAUUGCUAAUGGCGUUGUGGGACGCUGCUGCGCGGUGCAGCGCGACUCGCGGAGCUAUGCUCCUGAGGUCCAGAACUAUGCUGAAGCGUCGAACUAUGGCUUAAGCUACCAGUCGCCAGCCAGGCGUGUCAGGGCCGCGGAGAUGCUGGCGAACAACCUGCAAGCCAGCUUUACAGGUGUGCUCGGCCACAGUGAUAGCCCCAAACCAUGUCUGAUACACAACUUGACUUUGUAAAGGCUUUAAGCA